CGCGCAGUGGAAAUUUCCCCGAUCGAGCGGGGCGCUUUCAUUUAUUCGGGAAGAGGAGAAGGGACACCAGACCUGGGGCAUUCCACCGCAUCAGGGGCGAUCAAGCAGCGAAGGGAACUGAACUCGAUGGGUUCAAGGGUGGAGACGGAGCUGACGAUAGGAAUUAUUCUCAACGAAUAAAUCGACUCUGUGGUCCUUUCAGCUCCCGUUCCUUAGCACGGUUAGCGACCGUAGAGGAAAUCAUGAAGUUCUCACAUAGUAUCCAGUUCAACGCGGUGCCGGAGUGGAGCGAGCACUACAUUGCCUAUAGCAAUUUGAAGAAACUAAUAUACUCCCUUGAGAAGCAGGUAAACAAUCCGGAGUUACAGGAAGAUGCAGAGUUCGAACGGGCUCCGUUACUCGAUAGCGCUCUUGACACGGACUCGAUAUUUAAGCGAACACUAGAUGGGGAACUAGCAAAAGUAUGCUCCUUUUAUCAUGCAAAGGAGACCGACUUAUACAAGGAGGUGGAGGAUGUGGUCGAUGAGGCAGAGUCGUACACGACGGACAGCGUUGGGUUCAACAUGGACUCCGUUGCCGAUUCCAUGGUCAAAUCGAGGACGUUCAGUUUCGGGAAUUAUAAUCGACGAGCAAGUACGUUUCGGGGCGCAGGCCACUCCAAUGACCGUAGAGCAAGCACCGCCGGCGAGUCGGUUGCAGGUGGAGAGGGAAAUCCUCAUGAAGACGACGCCUAUAGUGAAGAAGACGUUGAUAUAUCCGAGCUCCCUUCUCACGAUAUACGGAGACGCUCAAUGUCGCUGAGAGAGCCUGAUGGAAGGGAACCUUCAGAUGGACAUGCGAUUAGCGAAAUGAGUGACUCGAGAUUUUUUGGAAUGUCCUCUGACCUUGGACAUGAACAUGACCCACAUCUAUUGGCUUUGUACAAUGCUGGUGUCAGUUUGAAGAAGCAUAUCAUCAGCAUCUAUGUCUCCCUUUGCGGGCUCAAGUCCUUCAUUCAGUUGAACCGCACUGGGUUUUCAAAAGCGCUGAAGAAGUAUGACAAAAUCCUUGAUCGGAGCUUGAGGCGAGGUUAUAUGAACACCACCGUUUCUACUGCGUACCCGUUCACAAAUCAAACCAUCCAGCACCUAGAUGACAAAAUUGCUAGAAUUGAACGACUUUACGCAGAUACUGUCACUAAGGGUGACCUUUCGCUUUCAAAGCGGGAGCUUCGAUUACAUCUUCGAGAGCAUGUGGUCUGGGAGCGGAAUACCGUUUGGCGUGAGAUGAUAGGAAUUGAAAGAAAGGCGCAAGCCGCGAACAUGGGUAUCCGAAACACUCUACUUGGUGGUGCUCAAGAUGCAGAGGCCGCACGGAGACAGGGCGAUGAACAGGAACCUCCAACGAAGGAAAUUGUUACUCCCGUCGGCAGAUGCCCCGUCCCAAGCUGGAUGUUAACAUCGAACUUUGCAACCUUAAUUGCAAUAUUGAUUAUAUUUUCAGUUAUGCUCGCCGUGCCAAUCAUAGACGAACCUGAGCAGCAGAACUGCCUUGCAAUGUUGGCUUUUGUUAGUUUGCUAUGGGCGACUGAGGUUAUUCCGCUUUUCGUGACGUCAAUCCUGAUACCAUUCCUCACUGUUAUUCUUCAAGUGAUGAGGUCCGAUGAAGACCGCUCACGAUUGCACCCUAAGGAUGCCGCAAAGUACGCCUUUGCGUCGAUGUGGACUUCCGUCAUAAUGUUGCUACUUGGUGGCUUUACCAUUGCCGCAGCGCUAUCCAAACACGACAUCGCCCGCCGGAUGGCCACUUUCGUCCUUAGCAAAGCCGGUACAAGGCCGCGAACAGUGUUGGUUACGAAUAUGUUUGUCAGCAUGUUUUUGAGUAUGUGGAUUAGCAACGUGGCAGCACCCGUGCUUUGCUAUUCAAUCAUCCAGCCCAUGCUUCGGAAUCUCCCUCCCGAUUCCCGAUUUUCCAAAGCCCUCGUCUUGGGGAUUGCUCUUGCGUCAAAUGUCGGCGGCGCUGCUUCACCUAUUGCAUCACCCCAAAAUAUCAUUGCAUUGCAGAACAUGUAUCCACCUAUUAGCUGGGGUACCUGGUUUUUCAUUUCGAUACCUGUCUGCGUAAUUUGCAUUCUUCUUAUCUGGGUACUUCUUGUUGCUACCUUCCACCCCGGGCGAGGUACCACCAUCGUGCCCAUUCGCCAAGUCAAGGAUAAGUUUUCUGGCGUUCAAUGGUUCAUCACGAUCGUGACCCUCAUAACCAUUGUCUUGUGGUGUGUCAGCCAUGAAAUGGAAAGCACAUUUGGAGAUAUGGGAGUCAUUGCCAUUAUACCGUUAGUUCUUUUCUUCGGUACCGGAGUUUUAAAUAAGGAGGACUUCAACAAUUUCCUAUGGACCAUCAUUAUUCUUGCAUCUGGGGGCCUUUGUCUCGGAAAAGCGGUUACUUCCUCCGGCCUUUUGCAUACCAUUGCUCGCGGAAUUACGCAUCGUGUCGAGAAUCUCAGCCUAUACGGAGUUAUGUUUACCCUUUCAUCGCUGAUCUUAAUUAUCGCCACCUUCAUCUCACAUACUGUUGCGGCAUUGAUCCUACUGCCACUAGUGCAUGAAGUUGGCAGCGCAAUGGAGCACCCUCAUCCUAGCUUGUUGGUUAUGGGGGCCGCAUUGAUGUGCUCUGUUGCUAUGGGUUUGCCUACCAGCGGCUUCCCAAAUAUGACCGCUAUAAUGAUGGAGGUGCCGGAGACCGGACAACGAUAUCUUCGAGUGAAACACUUUAUUUCCCGAGGUGUCCCGGCCAGCGUGAUAUCUUUUGCCGUUGUGGUCACUGUUGGAUAUGGUCUGAUGCUAGUAGCAGGAUUGUAAUUUCUUUUCUUAUUCGUUUUCUAUGCACUCUCUUUUCUUCUAGAAGCUCUCAUCUUACUCGGCAAACCUCGGCGUGUUCGCGAAAUAUCCUUCUAGAAUUUGUGUUUCUGGGCUGCAUUGUUA